AUGGGGAGAGGAAAGAUCGUGAUCCAGAGGAUCGAUAACACAACCAGUAGGCAAGUGACUUUCUCCAAACGAAGGAAUGGAUUAUUAAAGAAAGCCAAAGAGCUUUCUAUUCUUUGUGAAGCUGAAGUUGGUCUUGUGAUCUUUUCUAGCACUGGCAAGCUCUGUGAGUUCUCAAGUCCCAACAUGAAAUCUAUAAUCGAGCGAUACAACAAGUCGAAGGAGGACCAGCACCAUCCAUUGAUGAAUGCAAAUUCAGAAGCCAAGUUCUGGAAAAGGGAGGCAGCAGCCUUGAGGCAUCAAUUACAAAACUUGCAAGAAAACCAUCGGCAAUUGAUGGGUCAAGAGCUUUCCAGUUUGAGCGCUAAAAAGCUACAAAAUUUGGAAAAUCAAUUGGAAAUGAGUUUGCGUGGUGUCCGUAUGCAAAAGGACCAAAAGCUAACCGAUGAGAUACACGAGCUAAACCGAAAGGGAAACCUCCUUCACCAAGAAAACAUGGAACUAUUCAAGAAGGAACACCGUAUAUGUCAAGAAAACAUGGACUUGCUAAGGAAGAUCAAUGAAGCGAGAGAUGCAAAUGAGACAAAUAGGAUUUCUCAUUCUCCAAAUGGCUUUAAUUGUGAAGAGGAUGAAUGUUUUAAACUCCAGUUAUGCCAACCACAACAACAAAACUAUGCCACACCAGAAAACCCUACAAAGCCUAGCUGACAACAACUGCAAUGAUGAAUGGGAGUUACAAUUCUGGCAGCAAAUUUCCCUCUGAGGUUUCACUCAGUGACUCUGCAUUAAUAUGCAAUCAGAAUAAAGUAUAGCCUGAAAAUAAUUAUUGCUCUCUUUUAAUUUUGCAGUCUGCCAGCCUCAGAUGUCUGGUGGGUGCCGACCGAUCUUACCGCCAGAUCUCCUAAAUUCCUUCAUUAGAUUGUCCAAAGGUUUCAAUAUGUUUCUUGACGUGAGGUGUGAUUUUCAAAAUAGAUAUGAUAUAUUGAAAGUAGAGAACCUUUAUAUUUGGUUAGACGAUAGUUAUAAAAUGACUACUAACUCAAAAGAAAAAGACUACUAACUCAUAUCGUCUUCUCCUAGUGAGAAGGGUAAUCCAAACUAUCUUUUUUUUAUGAACUUCUACAGCAUCUGCAGCCAUCAACUAUUAUAUAUAUUAUCAUAUUCAUAAUCUAUCUAACACUCUACGUCUUGUAUACACCAAAACAUUGCGAUUCAACCCCAUAACUCAUGACCAAAAUAGUUCCUAAACCUUUAUUUGUUCUCUGCUAUCAAUAUACAUCUGCGGGGAUAGCUCAGU